AUGACCGGGAUUAAGGGAGCCCCUUACAGAGCAUGUAUUGAUGCCCUGACAGUGACCGACGUCUGUUGGAUGCCAUAUGAUGAGCAUCGGGGAGUUCGGGGCUAUGACUUGAUAUCCUCGUACACGGGGCAAGUAAGAUGGGGUCCGAUCAUCGUCUACAUUCGACCAGAGUGGGUGGUUCGACAGAUGGGGUACAUUCAGACCGUUCCUCCGUCACCGGUUCGUGAUUCGUUAACAGGUACUGAUAUAGAUGACCGGUGGGUACACUUUUUAGAUCAUGUGGCGCCUACAGGGGAGCUCUGUGUAGUUCCUGGGCAGGUGGCCCCAGACUACAUGGAGUGGUUUUUCCAGAUUUCGCACCCUUUUGUGACGCCGAAGGAGGACACUACUGAGCCGAGACCUACGCCUCCCCCUCCCACUCAUGAUGAUGACUUCGUCAGAUCCCCCUACGCAUUUUGUGUUGAUUGCACAACAUGUGUCAGGAUGGGAAGGAUUGCUGAGCAUUUGGAGCGUGUCAUCAACCUCAGGAUGGUGACUGCAGAGACUGACUUAUAUGAUAUCAUGGAUCUUUUUCUGAGGAUAGCUAGAGAUGACAACCCAGAUGAUAGUCUUAGGCCGCGAUAG